AUGGCCGACUUGAUCCUCCAACCACCCACGAUCCCUUCCGUUCCCCUCAAUGCGAUCCUCUCGCCCUCUUCUCGCAGACACAAUGGUAGCUCGAAAUCCUCGUUGAGACAUUCCAAGUCUACGCCCCAGUUACGCAGCGGCCACGGCCUCUCCGUGACUGGGGCUCUAACCCAUACGUUCAAGACCGCCGGCGACAUACUGCUCUCGUGGAGAGAUGGCAUGACCGCGGAACAACGGGAAGCACAGAGGCUGAAGGACGAGAAAAGGCAAAUCCUGUGCUUGCGCAUGAAGGGGGCAGAGACGCACGCGCAAUGGGAGGCUGCGGCCAAAGAUCUCGACGCCCUCGACGGCAAUGACGACUGGAAACAAGAGGACUCCAGCUCCGACUACAACCCUGAACUUAUUGCGCAGCGGUUGCGCGAACUCGACGAGGCGAGGGCGAGUUGCGACAUCGGAUCCAUGAUGCAUCUGAUCAGGACGGCUCUCCUCCGCGACCUCGGUGGCAUGGAUAAUGUCUCGCUAUACCGACACUCGUACACCGGCACAAAGAGGCUCAUUGAGCGCUAUGUCGAAUCCGCCGUUGCUACCAUUGACGCAGUCGUCACCCAGAGCCGAUACGACCCUUCCGUCCAAUACCCGGAUCUCCUGGAAGGGAUGCUCUAUUCCCGACAGAGCUUCGGCCGCAGUGCGCUCCUGCUUUCUGGGGGCGGGACCCUCGGCAUGUCACAUAUUGGAGUCUUGAAGACUCUGUUUGAAGCCAAACUCCUGCCGAGAAUCAUCUCAGGUGCGAGCGCUGGCAGUAUUGUAUGUUCUGUCUUGUGCACACGUACCGACGAGGAGGUGCCCGAAAUGAUGGAUACCUUCCCAUACGGCGAUCUGGCUGUUUUUGAGGAGCAGAACAGUCAGGAUGGUGUCUUGCACAAUUUGCGCCGACUGCUCACCGAAGGCAGCUGGUCCGACAUCAAACAUCUUACACGGGUCAUGCGUGAACUCACCGGGGACUUGACCUUCCAAGAAGCGUACAACCGCACUCGUCGUAUCCUGAAUAUUUGCGUCUCGACAGCAUCAGUCUACGAGCUACCGAGGCUGCUUAACUAUGUUACAGCGCCAAAUGUGUUGAUCUGGUCUGCCGUCGCCACCUCGUGCUCCGUUCCGGUCCUCUUCAAUUCGUCACAGAUUCUCGUCAAGGAUCCCAUAACUGGUGAGCACCAGCCAUGGAAUCCAUCGCCCCAGCGUUGGAUCGACGGCUCAGUUGACAACGACUUACCCAUGACUCGGCUUGCCGAGAUGUUCAACGUGAACCACUUCAUUGUUUCUCAGGUCAAUCCGCAUGUGGUUCCCUUCCUUGCAAAGGACGACCACCUGUCACCCGAUCUCAUACCGGGCGAGCGACCCAAGGCGCCCACUAACAGUGACGAGUUUGACUGGAUCAGCACCUUCACAGCACUGGCCAAGGACGAAGCCCUACAUCGCCUCCACUUCCUCUCAGAGCUGGGCAUAUUCCCCAACUUGGUCACCAAGUUCCGCAGUAUCCUCAGCCAAAAAUAUUCAGGAGACAUCACUAUCCUCCCCCAGCUGAACCUCCAAGAUGUCCCUAAGAUCCUGCAGAACCCAACGCCCGACUUUAUGCUGCGCUCGGCCUUGGCUGGCGCGCGGGCAACCUGGCCCAAGCUGAGCCGUAUCCGCGAUCGGUGUGCAAUCGAGCUCGCCCUUGACAACGCAGCACAUAGACUCCGCGCCCGCGUCGUCUUCGCUGAGAGCCAGACAGACCUGAGGAGACUUCGUUUCAGCUCGGGAAAUUUGCGAACCCAGCAUACACUAUCAAUGGAGAAACCCCUCGGUACGCCACAUGCCGGGCAUGGUAAUGGCGGCCCCAGGCGGCAUCGCCGACGCUCUGGUGGUAGCCUCCAGGUGCCGCGGAUCCGGCGCUCGGCAUUAGCUCCUGGAUUAGCCAGCGAUGAAAAGCAGGAAGAGAAUCUUUCUACCCUUGAGUCUACAAUGGUCGCGUCGUCACCUUCUAUACUGGAGAAGCCUACGUUAAAGAGGGCUAGUAGGAGCCAGAUACAGGUGCCGCAGCGCAGACGCAUGGAUCCUAUCGAUACAGAGCCCGAGUUUGUGCUCCCACAUCCCUACUCUCAACUUGGGCUCGGGCGGUCAAUCUCGAUCGGCGGCAGCCCAUUUAUCCUUCCGGACGAGGAUUCUCAGCCUCCCUCCAUGUUCCAUUCAUGGCAACCUCUAGACUUCUCGGCCGCAGAGGAUGAUGUUGAUACGGACGACCAUGGUCCAUCUAGCGACACAGGAGAACACGGCCAUGAAGACAGUGAGACUGAGUUGGAGGGCGGUGAUCAGUCUGUCACCAGUCCGGAACCCGCUGCGAAACCUACGGAUGACUUGGAAGUAUCGGUUUCCUCGGCAGGGACAGACGAUGUGUCAGAGGGACAUUGGGAUUAA